AUGUCGACCACUGUGUACUACGAGCUCAGCUGGUCUAUUCUCAGCACUAUCGGAAUCGGCAACGUCCUGUUCGGCUUUCUCGUGUGCAGCAUCACCAGUUUUUCUCAAAUAUCUGCCGUGCCAGUCAUAACCUCCGCCGCCGGAGCCGUCGCCAACGGGCUUUGUUUCUAUGCCUUCUACGCCGAAGGGACCACGGCCAAGGGACAGGCCGUUGCCUCGGCAUUCGCGGACUUGCUUUGGUUGGUCCAAGAAGCCGGGCUGUCGUUUUACAGUUAUGUCAUCUUGAGCCGCGUGCUGAGAAACCGUCGCUGGCACGUCUUCGCUGCCUUGUUCUGGGCAAUCAUGCUGGUAAUAGCGGCAAUCAGGAUCAUGAUUGCCGUGACGAGAGUCAGGUCUAUCCUAGCCGGAGGCGAUUCUUUCCAGAAACUAAUCAACAACCUCCACAUUGGCUACUUUGUCUCGAUCGCCGUGGUUGAGUGCGUCAGCGCUUAUUUCUUGAUCAACGUCUUCGCCUCGGCCAAGACCACGUCGCUGAAAGCCGCCAUCAAGACUGGCCUGUUUAGGUACUUGAUGCGAAGUACCGAAGUUCGUCUUGCGCUGCUUGCAGUGCUUGGUGUGAUGAGGGCCAUCACCUACUCGUUCCAGACCACGGCCCAGAGCGCGACAAACGUAGCUAGUCAGCUGGACCGAUUCGCAUACACUUUGGAAUGCCUCUUCCCCUUCGUCAUGUUCAUCGAUAUGCUUGCCUCGAGACUAGUCUUCACUGACCAAGCCUACGCAUCCUCAUCCCACGGAGGCAGAAGCAACCCGAGACAGUUCACGUCGAAUAACAACAGAGGGCUGCACUACUCUGUAGCGCAAAACGAACAAAUCAUCGAAGUGCAAGGGGGAAGCAAAAUACAGAGGACAAGCUCCCAAGAGCGAAUAAUUCAGGCUGGAACAUCUCAGAGAACACCCUCUGAGAUUGAACUGGAUGAAAUGGACAAGCGUACCGGUAUUAAUAAGACGGUUAAUUUCGAGGUUUAUGAGUCAUAUUCUCCUACUCCUCCUAAAUGAUGACACAG